AAGUAUAUAAGUGUGUAUGGAUGGAUGGAUAUGUGUGUGUGGAUAUAGAUAUAUGUAUAUGGAGAGAGAGAGAGAGAGAGAGAGAGAGAGAGAGAGAGAGAGAAGGAGUGAAUAAAUUCAAUGUAGGUUGUUUGUUUUAAUCAGAAUCCUUCCCCUGGAUCAGAGAGGGCUACUAGAGGAGGCUAGAGAAGAAAUAGGAGAAACAGAAUGAUGUCACCUCUCCAAGUUGCAGCUUCAGCCAAUGACAGUCAUAGAUAAAAAGGCACAGUUAAAAUUAGACCAGCAGCACUUACUGAUUGAUAUACCAGCAAUGAAGAACUAAGGUCUACUGAGGGCACACAGAGGCAUUUGGGACUGGAGAGAGCAGUAUAUUUAAUAAAUGACCUGCCUACGGAGUUUCUCCUCCUUUCUCCAGACAAAAGCCUCUGAUAGAAAACAGCUGCUCUUUCCGUCCAGCUUUCCUUGUUAAACAACAACCUAGUUGUAACAGACUGCUAGUAAAUACAGAAGGAAAAAGCUCGUAAGCUGAGCCUGGUCACAUUGCCUAGGGUGAUAUAGUUUUAUUUUUAACAUCCAGGCACUUGAGCUAUUUCUGCAGAAGUUUUCUAUCAGCCUCCCCUUAUUCUCUGCCUCCCCUAGGGCACCGCUUCUCUUUUCAUCAACUGUCUGCUCAAAGCCAGGAGACCCACGUGUGGUAGAUAUCAUUGCAGGGGAUAUAUGAUUAAGAGCUAAGAAGCAAGAAGACACAUCAGCGCUAUGGGCAGGGUACAGAAACCUCCAGCUGGACAGCAUCGGCAUUGUGAGAAAUGUUUCCUUCGACAGUGUCAGGUGCCAAUAGAGCCAAGUAUCUCCUGCCUGGUGAUCAGUUGCCGCCGGCUUUGUGGAGCAGCUUUCCACAUGUGCAAGGAGGAAGAACAUGAGUUACUUUGUCCCCUAGAGCAGGUUCCUUGCCUUAACUCUGCUUAUGGCUGUCCUCUCUCAAUGGCCCGAAAUAAACUGGCAAAGCACCUUCAGGUCUGCCCAGCCAGUGUGGUCUGCUGCUCCAUGGAGUGGAACCGUUGGCCAAAUAUAGACUCAGAAACGAUUCUUCAUGAGAAUAUCAUGAAAGAGCCCCACAGUGAGGAAUGUUUGGACACAGCUCUGGCCAUCCAGGAUCAAAAGGUCCUUUUUGGCUCCCUGAGGAUGGUGGAGUUUUUCCCUGAAUCCAGGGAGUUCACUGAGGAAGAACUGGAAAUGGACAGUGAUGCCAUUUUGGAGGAACAAGGAGCAGUUGGCGGGGUGGACUAUCAUUCCCUGCCAGUAAAUGGAAUGUCACCUAAUGGCGAGAUGGUGGAACUGAGCCAGCAAGAACGAGAAGCCUUGGCAAAAGACAAAGAAGGAAUGGAUCUGGCCAGUUUUGGGAAAUGGGAAAACAUUUUCAGCAAAGAGCAUGCAGCAUCAAAGUUAACAAAUUCAUCAGCAAACCCUGGAGUCAAGAGUAGUCAGGGCACAGGGAAAGAACAGGCUUCCAGUCAGAGCAAUGCUUCAGAGAAGGGAUCUAGUAAGGAGAAAGAAGGCCAGGCAAACCAAAAGGAGGACCCAUACAGAAAUAUGGAAACGACAGGACUUGCACCUUGGCAAGAUGGAGUAUUAGAAAGACUGAAGGUAGCAGUUGAUGUAAAGGACUAUAAUAUGUACCUGGUACAUAAUGGAAGAAUGCUGAUCCACUUUGGCCAGAUUCCUGCUUGCACACCCAAAGAAAGGGACUUUGUUUAUGGCAACCUAGAAGCUCAAGAAGUCAAGACUGUUUAUACCUUCAAAGUUCCAGUCAGCUACUGUGGAAAGAGGGCCCGACUUGGUGACGCAAUGGGAGCCAACAGGCCAAGUGAACACAAGGCCACAGAUACCUCAGAUUUGGGGAUUGAUGUAGAAAAACUGCCAAAAUCUGAUCUAAUCAGAACCACCCUUCUGUGUGCGAUGGAAAGGGAGCUGAAGGGCCACCUCAUCUCUGAAUCAAGGAGCAUCGAUGGACUGUUCAUGGACUUUGCAACCCAGACCUACAGCUUUGAGCCAGAGCAGUUUUCCUCAAGUGCAGUAUUGGCAGACCUCACUUCUGAAGGCCCCCCAGGCCUCCACGUGGAACUCCACAGUGAGAGUGUGACCAGGAGACACAACAAGAGUAGCUCAGCUUUUACUUUUACUUGCAACAAGUUCUUUAGGAGGGAUGAGUUUCCGUUGCACUUCAAGAACAUCCACUCUGAUAUCCAGUCAUGCCUCAAUGGCUGGUUCCAGCAUCGCUGUCCACUGGCCUACUUGGGCUGCACCUUUGUUCAGAGUCACUUCCGCCCUCCAGGGCAAAAAGCCAAAGUGAUUUACAGUCAGAAACUCAGGACGUUUGCCAUCAAGCCUGAGGUUGCUCCAGAGCUGGGGCCCGGAGGGAAGAGCCAGAGGUCACUGACCAGCCUGCCCCUGGAGAUACUGCAGUAUAUUGCAGGGUUCUUAGACAGCGUCAGCUUGGCUCAGCUGUCCCAGGUGUCCGUCCUCAUGAGGAGCAUCUGUGCCACGCUCUUACAAGAGAGGGGGAUGGUCCUCUUGGAAUGGAAGAAAAAGACCUAUUCCCAUGGGGGCACUGGCUGGAGAGCUCACAAAAAGAUCUGGCAAUUCAGCAGCCUUUUCUCCCGAAUUAAUAGCUGGCAGUUUAACGAAGUCACCUCCAUGUCAGAACACUUGAAGACCUGUCCCUUCAAUAUUGUGGAACAUAGGACAGAGCCAGUUCUUCUGACCAGUAUGUGUGAGCAACCCAAGCAAGCCAGGAGGAGCUUGGUCUCCACCUUCAAGCCUAGACCAUGAGGAAGAAAUCUCUCAAAAUGUGCUUAUUUUGUUGUUGCUCUGUCUUCCUCCAACCUCCUGGAAGGGAGAAUGUGUUAUGAUUUUGAGGAUCAGCUUCUUGUGUCUCUGUGGAACACUGGGUUCUUAGAAGCUUCAGCCAAUUCACAAAGCCUAAUCACUCUAUGUUGUAGCUUUUUAGGUUUACUACAUUACCCCCACCUCCACCCCAUAGCUGAUUAAUUUCCUUUCUGCUUAAGAAAUCUGUCUGAAGGAUAGCUAUUGGAAGAGAAAGUGGCUCAUUAGGCAAUCAGGAAAUCAAAAAGAGAUAAUAGGCAUUAGGAGAAGAGAAAGUACAUAAAUUACCCAAUGGGUACAGACCUGGCAGGGUUAACCACCAUUCAUUCAGGCACUACACAGAAGAGCUCCCAAGCUGAGUGCCACAGGUACAAGGGACUGCUCAGAUCCAGAAAAAAUGAGUUGGGGGACUGCAGAGUGGCAGUGAUUUGGAGAAGGGCCUCUAUAGGCCUAGGGAUAAAGCAAGGGCCACAUAGGUGGAAUAAGCACAUGAUCCAGCUAUGUAUAACUAUGACCAUUCAUGGAAAGUGUGCUUGGGAUUCAAAGCCCAAAAUAAAAUUGUCCCUGCCCUCAGGGAAGCUUAUAGUCUACAGAUUUCAACACCUUUGGUUUCUCCCACCCUCAUCAUGGUCAUUCCUUGAGAAAGGGAGAGAGAAAGAGGCAGAGGGAGAGGAAGAAGGAAAGGGAAAGGGAGAGGGAGAGAAGAGAGAAUGAUAGUUACAUGUAACAAAAUGGAGGUACUGGACUAGCUGGCAUUUGAGUAGCUGUGAUUGAUUUCAAAUCUGGCAUGAAUAACUCAUUACUGGAUAUCAUCAUUAGGAGAAAUGGAGAAAACAAGCUAUGUCUGUGGACAUAAAUCUCUUUUUCCUAAUGAUGUAUAACUUUGGGAAACCUGAUAUUCCUUAUUACAAUCCAAUCCCACAAAUAUUUAAAUAUAAUCCAAGACAUUGUACUAGGUGUUGAGAAUACGGAGACAAGAUGAAAAAUAAUCUUUGCCCCCACGGAACUCACAAACCUAUUGAUGGGGGACACAGUUUAUAAACAGUAAGUCCAUCUGUGAUCAUUUGAAUGAGAAGAGAAAGAUAUUUCCCUCUGCUCAGACUAUAUUGUGCUUUUUGAUAUAAGGCACUAUUUUCUAAGAUUACAACCACAGAUUUAUUUAAGACCUUUUUGUAGUUAAAUCAAGCAAUGAAAAAAAAAAGGAUAAUGAAUUAUAAAUGAGCACAUUGAUACCUAACAGUAAAGAAUACUACUUCCUCAGAAUCUAGCUUGAAGGUUCUAUGUAUACUCUGGCCUGUAGGCUGGAAGGUUAACUAAGACAAAGAAUGGAAAAAGUCACAGGCUUACUAAAAGGAGAGUUGAGGGUUGCGCCAAGAUGGGUAAGGAGCCUAAGGGGUUGAACAGGGACAGAGCAGUGGCAAGGGAGAAGGCUUCACACACAUUAUCUUGGAUGACUGGGGAUGGUGAAUGGGUUUGUACUGGCCUGGGGGUGGGGAGAAGAAGGCGGGCCAAGAAAGAGACACUCAAGCUGGUUCUAUUGUCAGCCCACUCCCAGCUGCGCUUUAUAAAUUGGCUAAUAUCAUGAGAAAAGGUUAAUGGCUUUGCUACCUAAUUGAUUCUCUAGGUACCAUUCAAGUAAGUGUAUUUUAGGCUUGUGGAAGAAAGGGAUGAAGAGAAAAGGAAGUUGUUUAGAGAGAUCGGGGUUCUGAAAACAAGAUGAUUGGUAAGGGAGGAGCUUCAGUCAAUAGGAGAAGGAGAAUAUGGGAUUAAUCAAAUUAGUGGACUAAGAAAAACUUUUAAGUGAGCAGAACAGGAAAGGUGAAGUAGCUCAAGGAGAUUCCAAGGAAGAGGAAUCCUCCUAGGUAUAUUGGGGGCCUGCCUGAAAUAAGAGUUCAGCCAGAAUUAGAGGAAAGAUUUCAUUCUAAAACAAGGGUUCUCAAACUUUUGUUUGUGUGUCAUGGACCCUUUCGGCCAUUUAGUGAAACCUAUGGACCCCUUCCCACACUGUUUUGAAAGGCAUAAUAUAAAAUACAUAAAAUUGAAAAGGAAAACAAUUAUAUUGAAAGAUAGUUAUUAAUUUUUUUAAGCAAGGUCACAGACCCCAGGUCAAGAAUCUAAAGAUUCCCUAAUCUAAAGAGACCAGAUAGAUGAGACUGUUUCCUCAAUGACUAGGAAGCUGAGAAAAGGCUCUGAUUUGGACUUGGGAUAGAAGUGAAGUGGGGAGAAGAAGGGUAGAUGGAGAUAUAGGAGAUAAAAUAGAAGGGCCUUUCUACUAGUUUAAACUGAAUAAAUCUGAAUUGAAUAAAGAGAUUUCAUGUACCGAUAAGUUCCUUACAUGUAUGGCAUAUACCUGGGAAUGCCACGCACUGUAUACAAUAAAGAAACUUGGCACUCUAAAUG